GAAGGACCACACAAAAUGCUAGCGGAUAGGAUUCUCUCCCCUCUCCUCUCCUCCUCUCCUCCUCUCCCCUUCCGUUCCAAUUGCUACAGAGAAGGAGGACACUCCAACUCUACACCCUCAACUCCAAUUCUGAAUCAGAACCUACCCACCAAGUUUCCAUACCCGCUUCGGCCAGCUAGCAGUGGAGAAGCCUCCUAGCUAGAUCAACAGAUCUUCACCAUCAUGGCUUGCCAGUCAUUUAACAUGCAGAACACUUUGGCAAGGCAGGUGAUAGAUGCCAAGUUCUCGGUCCUCUCUAAAGCCGCGACGAUCAGUUAUCGUCGACAGGAAUGGGGAAAAAUCAUUCUUAGUCGAGGCGGUGUAGCGUGUUCAGCGAUACAAGAGUCUUCCACUGCAUCCGCAGUUACUGAAGUGAAGAAGGAAGACGAAGUUGCAAAAGCAGCAGCUACACCAACACCAGCAGAAAAGGCGACUCCUCAGAAAUCCCAGAAACCCAAUGCAAAGCCAUUGCCUGAGAUGAUGGAAGAGGAAGUGAUUCCUGCACUAAAAGAGACUCUUGAAGCUCAAGAGGAUAUAACAGAUAUUGAAAUCUCAUUUCAGGAUAAUAGGUUGGAGGGAUCCUUCCUGAAGAAUGACAUCCCAUAUUCCUUCUGGGCCUUCUUUCCUAACGGAAUUUUAACAGGUCCAAAAGGGUUUUCUUUGUCGUCAUAUGGAUCAGGAGUAAGCACAGUUGAGCCCUUCCUCAUCGAUGAAAAGAGAAUUACUGGUAAGCAAGUAGUGUUUUGGGUAAGCAAGAGAUUGGCAGCUCAAGGAAUUAUCCCUGUUUGGAGUGAAUGAAGAAGAUGAAGAAUUAACUUUCGGGAACAUAGAUAACAAAAGCUGACAUACGUCAGUAAUACUGUAAAAACUCAUUUGUAUGACUUGCUAGCAAUUUUAAAUUUGUGUUGUUUCCUCCGAUU